CUUCCGCCCCUCCCUGAUUUGUUUCUACGUAAUAACAUUCGGAGCGACAUCUGGUGGCUGCAGCGGGAGUAUGCGCGCGCGUCCUAUAUCAGGCGUAUCGCCUCGUCCGAGUGAUUGCAGCCGUCAGUCGCCGCCCGAACCGCAACACCGCCGCGCGCCGGCCGGAUUUCGGAUGCACACGCGUCUGAACCUGUACGCACACCAGCGUGUGCCUACGUGUACUUGUACUUUUCGAGAGUUUGCACACGCACGCACGCGAGUAGCGUGGGGGAUAAUAGUUGUACGCUGCGGAGAGAUUCACACGCGUGAAUGCGUGACGCACGCAAGCGUAACAUCAGAGCGUCGAUGCGAUUCGCAACGAUCCGACCCGCAAUGUUUCCGCAGGACCAAACCGUGAUCACCCGCGUCGGAGUUGCAACACUGCGCGUGGCGUAGCGCAGAUCACCGCAAUAGUAUCACCGCGGGAAUAUCAUUGCCGGAAUACAUUCGGCGGGAACAUCACCGUAGAAAUACACUCCGCUGGAAUAUCAACGUAGGAAUACACCCCGCUAGGAUAUAACUGGAGGAAUAUCAACGCAGGAAUACACUCCGCCAGAAUAUCACCGUAGUGAUAAUACACCCCACAGGAAUAUCACCGUAGAAAUACACUCCGCUGGUAUACAGUAUACACUCCGCAGGAAUAUCGCCGCGAGAAUACACUCUGCGAGAAUACACUUGGCGACAUGUCGACGGAGACGACGAUAGAGACCAACGUCAGCGUGACGACGGCCGUCGUCGCCGCGGCCACCGACAGCACGGGUCCGUACGUCUACCUGGUGUUCCUCUGCAUCCUCAUCGUCAGCAUCACCGUGUCGAACAGCCUCGUGUUGAUCGCCGUCAAUCGCUACCACAGCCUGCAGACGGUCACCAACCAGUACGUGAUCUCGCUCAGCGUCGCCGACCUGCUCGUCGGCAUCGGCCUCGUCUGCUGGCUCAUCAUGGACAUGGUGAGCUGGUACGCGCAGUGGCAGCCGCCCGACUACAUCUGCUUCUUUCGCACGGGCCUGGCACUGGUGACGAUCGUCGUCUCGAUGCUGAACGUGCUGGCGAUCGCCGUCGACCGCUACGUCGCCAUCAUAUACCCGUUCGUGUACAACACGCACAUGACAUACCGUGUCGCCAACACGGUCAUCGCUGGACUGUGGACGUACGCGAUACUGCUGUUCGCGAUCCCGGCCGGACUGUCGGCCGACCGCGACGCCGGCUGCCACUUCGAGUCGUUCGUCAACAAGUACCACAUCCUCGCCUACUGCAUACACUACAUCAUCACGUUCGUCGUCAUGCUGUGCCUCUACUCGAAGAUCUUCGCCGUCUCGUGGCACCAGAUGCGCGAGAUCCAGCGGCUGCGCAUCUCGGCGCCGGCGGGCGACGGCCGCCGCGAUCACCACGACCUCGCGAGCCUCAAGCAGACGAUGCGCACCGUGCGCGUGUUCCUCAUGGUGUUCGGCAUCCUGUUCACGUGCCUGACGCCGUUCUACGUGCUCUACACGAUGCUCGCCUUCACCGAACUGAACGUCGAGAGCGGCCCGACGUACAUGUUCAAUCUGACGCAGACGGCCGACGCGCUGCUGUUCGCCAACUCGACGAUGAACCCGUUCAUAUACGCGUGGAAGUAUCGCGAGUUCAAGGUCGCCUUCAAGAAGCUGCUCGGCUGCUACCGCUUCGACGGCUACUCGUCGAAUUCGUACACGUUCAGGGAGUCGACGUACACGAACAGAAAUGGCGCUCACGAGGGGGCCGCCUGAACGCUUGGCCCGUGCGAGUGGAGAUUGUGUGCUUCAAGUAAAUCGUCGCGGAAACGUAUCUGCGUGUGCAUAGUGUGUUGAACGUCCUCGAGUAUAUUGUCGUUGGAGCCUCUGCGUGAGGCAGACCGUAUGGAAGUUCUUCAGGUGUAUGGUCGCUGAAACGUGUGCGUGUGCAGAACGUGUUAAAUGAUUUUCGAUUAUAUCGUCGUUGGAACUUGUGCAUGCGUGGGCAGACUGUGUUGAAUUGCUUCGACUAUAUGGCCUUAGGAACGUGUGCAUCUGCAGACUGUGUUAAGAUUCUUUCAAGUUCAUGCCCGCGGGUUAUGCUUAUGGUAGGUUCUCUACAACUAGAUGCUGUUGGUGCGCGUGUUUGUGGAGACGAUUGGUUUGGUUAAGGUUCCUCAACUCGAUGCUAUCGGUCGUGUGUGUCAGUCAACUGACCCCGUGUUAAGGUUCUCCAAGUAGAUGCGGCCGUUUAGCCGCUAAGUGCAUGAAACCCGUUCACGUGAGGUACUUGUAUGACAGCUUAUCGCUCAGCCAGUGACGUAUUCGCGGCUUAUAUUCAUUCUAGUCAUAAAGCGGUGGCGAAUUACUCCCCAUUCAUCAUCGCGCGACCGCUGCUAAGCAAAAAGCUUAUACCUGCUGUUGACGAGUAAUUGUUGCCUGCGCUUCCUAAUGCUUGCGUGGAUAGACGGUAAUGACUAACGUUGUUAUUUAGUACGCAUCGUGCGUGACGGCAGGAUGCGCAAGCGCGAAGCUGCUUUGAUUACAUAACUGCUCGUGCUGUCAGCAUUAUAUUACAAUUUCCAUCGCUGUCAACAUUGCUGCUGUCGGCGCCGUUAGCAUUGCUCUUUCCACCGUCCCGGCAUUCUUGCUAGCACUGCGCGCGCUCUCUUCCUGUGCGCGCUCGCUCUCUCUCUCUCUCUCUCUCUCUCUGCUCUCUUUCACUUUCUCUCUC